AUGUCGUCUGGCGCUGCUGCUCCCGAUCCCAACAGGAAGCGCAAAGUCCGCGUCACCAUCGUUGCAGCGGACUCGCUGGCCAAGCGGGAUGUGUUCCGUCUUCCGGAUCCGUUUGCGGUGAUGACUGUCGAUGGCGAGCAGACAAUGACCACCUCUGCGAUCAAGAAAACGCUCAACCCUUACUGGAACGAGUCGUUUGACGUCGACGUCAAGGACUCGAGCGUCCUCACGGUCCAGAUCUUCGACCAGAAGAAGUUCAAGAAGAAGGAUCAGGGCUUCCUCGGCGUCAUCAACAUCCCCAUCGCGCAGGCCGUCGACCUUGACCUCGGCGGUGAAGAGACCUUUACCCGCGACCUGAAGCGCUCUAACGACCAGCUCGUCGUCCACGGCAAGCUGAUAGUGCACGUCACGACCAACUUGAACGGCGGCGCCCGCCCCGCGACGACCGCACCUCUCGGUAGCUCUAGCACCGCGCAAACUGCCUCCGGAAGCGGCUCGCCUGCUCCUUCGCCUGCGCCGUCGACGUCUGGUACGCCCGCUGCGGCCGCCAUUGCCGCUCCCGCCUCGCCCCGUCCCGAUGGCGCCUCAUCCGCCUCGACCGCCACGCCUGCUCCUACCGCUACUCCCGCCGCCGCGCCUCCUGCCGCCCCCACAUCCGGCUCGACAACUCGCGAAUUCAACUCGCGUGAGGACCAGUACGGCCCGCUCCCGCCUGGCUGGGAGCGCCGCGUCGACCACCUCGGCCGGACCUACUAUGUCGACCAUACCACCCGCACGACGACCUGGACUCGUCCGAACCGCGACCAGCCUGCAUCGGCGAGGCCGAACGGAGCGACGUCGACGGCGGUGGGUUCGCAGGCGAGCAGUGCGGCUCGUGCCGGUGGACGUACGACGGCAGAUGAGUUCUUGGGCACGGGCGACUCGCAGAGCGCGACGCCGGCUCAGCCUUCGACGCCCACGUCGGCGACUGCUGCAGCUGCGGCUGGACACGCCAGCUCGGCGACGACUGUCGGAUCGGGACCGCUGCCCGCUGGAUGGGAGCAGCGCUUCACUCCCGAGGGACGCCCGUACUUUGUCGACCACAACACGCGGACGACGACCUGGGUCGACCCGCGGCGGCAGCAGCUCUUGCGCGUCAUGGGCCCGAACGGGAACAACCUGACGGUCCAGCCGCAGUCGGUGUCGCAGCUCGGCCCGCUGCCUUCGGGCUGGGAGAUGCGCCUGACGAGCACGGCGCGCGUCUACUUUGUCGACCACAACACGAAGACGACGACGUGGGACGACCCGCGCCUGCCGUCGUCGCUCGACCAGAACGUGCCGCAGUACAAGCGCGACUUCCGCCGCAAGCUCAUCUACUUCCGCUCGCAACCGGCUUUGCGGCCCUCGCCCGGCCAGUGCCACGUCAAGGUCCGCCGCACGCACAUCUUUGAGGAUUCGUACGCCGAGAUCAUGCGCCAGACGCCGAACGACCUCAAGAAGCGCCUGAUGAUCAAGUUCGACGGCGAGGACGGCCUCGACUACGGCGGUCUCUCGCGCGAGUUCUUCUUCCUCCUCUCGCACGAGAUGUUCAACCCGUUCUACUGCCUGUUCGAGUACUCGGCGCACGACAACUACACGCUCCAGAUCAACCCCAACUCGUCCGUCAACCCCGAGCACCUCAACUACUUCAAGUUCAUCGGGCGCGUUCUCGCACUCGCCGUCUUCCACCGACGCUUCCUCGACGCCUACUUCAUCACGGCGCUGUACAAGAUGAUCCUCAAGAAAAAGAUCACGCUCGCCGACAUGGAGUCGGUCGACGCCGAGAUGUUCCGCUCGCUCGCCUGGAUCCUCGAGAACGACAUCACGGACGUCAUCGAGAACACCUUCUCGGCAGAGGACGACCGCUUCGGCGAGACGGUCACGAUCGACCUCAAGCCCGGCGGACGCGACAUCGAGGUGACGAACGAGAACAAGAAGGAGUACGUGCAGCUCAUCGUCGAGUGGCGCAUCCAGGGUCGCGUCAAGGACCAGUUCUCGGCGUUCUUGAGCGGCUUCAACGAGCUCAUCCCGCAAGAACUCAUCAACGUGUUUGACGAGCGCGAGCUUGAGCUCUUGAUCGGCGGAAUGAGCGAGAUCGAUGUCGACGACUGGGUCAAGCACACCGACUACCGCGGCUUCACGCAGAGCGACGAGGUCGUGCAGUGGUUCUGGAAGGCGAGUGCCGUCAAAUCAUGGCCGACUGAGAAAAAGUCGAGGUUGUUGCAAUUCGCCACGGGGACGAGUCGCAUCCCUGUGAACGGAUUCAAGGACUUGCAGGGUUCCGAUGGUCCUCGCCGCUUCACGCUCGAAAAAUCGGGCGAGAUCACGCAGCUCCCCAAAUCGCACACGUGCUUCAACCGCCUCGAUUUGCCGCCCUAUCCCGACUACGAGACGCUCGAGAAGAAGUUGACUAUCGCCAUCGAGGAGACGAUGGGUUUCGGCAACGAGUAA